AUAUGCGGAAGUUGGUACCGGUAGCAGUGCUCAGUUCAAAUUGAAGAUUUUUGGGCUGCAAUAUGGCAAAAUAACUAUCACUAAAACACCCAGAUUAGUUUUUUUUAUCUAUGCUUAUUUCCAUUUUAUACCGCUAACAUUGUUAAAUGUUGCAAAACGAACGUUUAAUGGCGAUCGUGCGUUAGCCUCGUGGCUCACUCCUGAAUAGCCCCGUUUUCCUGUCAGGUUUAAGCAGAGGUGAAGCGAGGCGUCCGCUGAAAAGGAAACGGGAAGUGGGGACCGGAGCAGCGGGACAAGGGGGACAGAGAUGAAGCCGAAUCCAACGAAGCGGCUCCGAAGAGCGGAGGACGACGGUGAAGGGGAAGAGAGAGGAGGAGGGGAGGAGGAGCAUGAGGAGAAGAGGAAGACAGUGGAUGUGAGCGUUAUCUUGCCUGUGCACAACGCAUCGUGUUGGCUGGAGGAGUGUCUGCAGGCCAUAUUAGACCAAGACUUCACCGGCUCCAUGGAGCUCUCAGUGUUUGAUGAUGCAAGCACAGAUGACUCAAGGAAAGUGCUGGAGGGUUGGAGGGAGAGGAUGGAGGAGCGGGGAAUCUCAGUGGUGAUUUCUGGUCACAAUGCUUCCCGACCAGGAGGAGUGGGUUUUGCAAAGAAUAAGGCAGUGACUCAGAGUAGUGGGCAGUACUUGUGCUUUCAGGAUGCGGAUGACAUCAUGUUGCCACAGAGAAUCCGUCUCCAGUAUGAAACAGCUCUUCUCCAUCCAAACUCACUGAUUGGCUGCAGAGUUCAGAGGCUGCCGGAGGGAUCCACAGAGCGCUACGCCCGCUGGAUCAACGCACUGACUCAGGAUCAGCUCAUCGCUCAGGCAUACACGUCCCACGGGCCCACGGUUGUCAUGCCAACAUGGUUCUGCUCAAGGAAAUUGUUCCUGAAAGUUGGCUCGUUUGACGAAGGGGGCAAGGGAGUCCCGGAGGAUCUGCUCUUCUUCUACCAGCUUCUGCGUCAAGGUGGCUGUCCGUUGAGGGUCGACCGGUGCCUUCUGGUUUAUCGUUACCAUGAGAGGGCCGCUACUCAUUCUGUGACAGAGGAGACUAUCUGGAAGCUGCGAGUAGACUUUCUGCAGGAGAGGGUGCUGAGCCGGUGGCAAAACUUCACCAUAUGGAAUGCUGGGAAACAGGGGAGGAAGUUGUACCGAAGCCUGAGCCCGACCAAUCAGAGGAAAGUCAAAGCGUUCUGUGAUGUGGACGAAAACAAAAUCCAGAAGAGUUUCUACACAUAUGAGGAGUCAGAGCAAAGACCAAAGCCUAAAGUCCCCAUCCUGCACUACAAAGAGGCCAAGGGCCCCUUCAUUAUCUGUGUUAAACUGGACAUGACAGGAGGGGUCCUGGAGGAAAACAUCAAGUCUUUGCAGCUGAAGGAAGGAACAGAUUACUACCAUUUCAACUGACGGCUCCGAGCGAUGCGGGACACCACAGGAGCCCGGCAGGUUAAACAGACAGAGGGACUGAUUUAUGGUAGCAUACUGUACACCACAGCUCAGUGAUGGACUGUUUAUAACCAGGAGGUGAAGCGAAUGCAGCAGCAGAUUAAAUGCCAAACACAAAGAGAGGAAAGAAGAAUUUUAUGUCGUGUUUACAUUUUUAAAGGUGCCUUUUACUAUGUAAAAGCUUUCAGAAUUUCAAAUUCUGAUAGUUUAAAUUGGCACAGUUAAGAGGCCUGGUUUUCGGCUUCUCUCUUUAUCCACUGUUUUAAGUUUGUUACCUUUGGCUCCUUCUGUGGAACUUUUACAAUAAUCUCCUCUUUUUAGGGAAAUAUGCUUUUACAUUUUCACUUUUGUGUUUCCUUUUUUUCUGGUUACAGCAGAAUUUGAGUACAAUUAGAAAAACAAUUGCAAAGAAUAUCAUCUCUGUCGUUUGCUCCUUGUUUUAAUCGCUGUUUUUCUUGUUACUGAUUUUGGCUUUCUAUAUUUCAGAUUAUAAUGUUUAUGUCUGCUCUAAGCCCUUCAAUUGCUCCUCAGGGAUAAAGUGAUUUUAUUCUCUAACUUAUUGGACAAAAUGACAUGCAUAACUGUCCCCCACACCCAACCUCGUACUUUUUGCACCGCAUGAA